AUGGCAUUAUGCAGAUUCCAGGGCCAGAGGGAUUUAUCCGGAGGGCCGAGGCUGGCUUGGGGGAGCGGCUGUCCUGGCCUUUGUGCACGCCCUUCAUCAACUAGCGGGCCAAGAAAGACAGACAGAAGAAAGCAACAGCAUCUCAGCCUCAGUCCCUACAGCUCCUCCAUCUGCCCAGCGGAGCUGGACGGACCAGCCAGAAUGAGGAGAGCACUGAUACUUCAACUCUUUCUCAUCUUCAUAUGCUGUGUUAGAUGGUGCCACUCUGAAGGAUGUGAGUCGGGGCAGUUCCGUUGUGGGACGGGGCGAUGUAUACCAAGUGACUGGCACUGUGAUGGCACAUCAGACUGUGUGGAUGACUCUGAUGAGCAUGACUGUCCUCAGGUAACAUGCGACGACCGUCAUUUCCAGUGCCUGAGUGACGGUGAGUGUAUCCCUGAAUCAUGGGUGUGUGAUGAUGAGGAGGACUGUGAAGAUGGCUCAGAUGAGAGACAACGUUGCCCUGGAAGGACAUGCACCAGUGGCCAGUUCAGCUGCAGUAAUGGGGCAUGCAUCCCUGGAGAAUACCGAUGCGACCGUCUGGCCGACUGCUCAGAUGGGUCUGAUGAGAGAGACUGCCAUUACCCUGAGUGUACGGAGCUGAGGUGUGCUAAUGGGGCCUGCUACAACAGAACCCAGCGAUGUGACCAAGUACUGGACUGCCGCGAUGGCUCAGAUGAGGCAAAUUGCACACAGCAUUGCAAUACAGGUUUGUUCCAGUGUCAUAACGGGGUCUGUGUUCCUCAACGCUAUGUCUGCGACCAUGAUGAUGACUGUGGAGACCGAAGUGAUGAGCUAAACUGCACAUAUCCUACAUGUAAAGGGAACUAUUUUACGUGCCCCAGCGGCCGCUGUAUCCACCAAGUCUGGGUUUGUGAUGGAGAGGAUGAUUGUGAGGACAAUGCAGAUGAAAAAGGCUGCGAUAAUGUACCGCGGGAGUGUUACCCCGGAGAAUGGCCCUGUCCAUCCUCUGGCCUGUGUAUCCCUAUGGAUCAGCUGUGUGAUGGGACGCCACACUGUCCAGAGGGAGAGGAUGAAACGAACACCACUGCUGGACACAACUGCAGCAUUUGGAGAUGUGCCUCUCUAAGCUGUGAGCAUCACUGCCAUGCUUCUCCUGAUGGAGGGGUCUGCUCCUGUCCUUCUGGAUAUGUCAUCAACAGCAACAACAGUCGCUCAUGCAUAGACUUUGACGACUGUUCGAUGUGGGGUGUGUGUGACCAGCUGUGUGAGGAUCGCAUUGGCUCUCAUCGCUGCAGCUGCCGACAGGGUUACAUCUUGGAGCAGCACAGAUACUGCAGAGCUGACGUAUCAACUGGAGUCCCAUCCUUGGUAUUUUCUAAUGGCAGAGACCUUCUAAUAGGUGACAUCCAUGGAAACAGUUUGCGCACUUUGGUCCACUCACAGAACAGAGGGGUUGCAGUUGGAGUGGACUUCCAUUACAAUCUUCACAGGAUUUUCUGGACUGAUACCAUUCAGAAUAAGGUGUUCUCUGUGGAUAUGGAUGGCUCCAACAUGCAGGUUGUUUUAAAUAUAUCAGUCGACUACCCUGAGAACUUAGCGGUGGAUUGGGUGAACAAUAAACUGUAUGUGGUGGAGGCCAGCGUCAACAGAAUUGACAUGGUGGACUUUGACGGAGGUAACCGGGUCACACUCAUCACCGAAAGUCUUGGAAACCCUAGAGGGCUGGCGGUGGACCCCACUGUCGGGUAUAUGUUCUUCUCAGAUUGGGAGGCACUGAAUGGACAACCAGGCUUGGAGCGGGCUUACAUGGAUGGAACCAACCGCUAUGGGAUUGUUCGAAGUAAAUUGGGCUGGCCAGCUGGUAUCACACUGGACUUAGAGGCCCAGCGUGUCUACUGGGUUGAUAGUCGCUAUGACUACAUCGAAACUGCAACUUAUGAUGGCCUCCACAGAAAAACGGUGGUCCAUGGAGGCACUGUGAUCCCACAUCCAUUUGGGAUUACUUUGUUUGAGCACAAUAUCUAUUACACUGACUGGACCAAGAUGGCUGUGAUGAAAGCGAACAAGUUCACAGACAGCAGUCCCCAAGUUGUUUACAGUUCACCUCAGGCUCCACAUGGAGUAGCAGUGAUACAUCAGCUGCAGCAGCCAUAUGUGUCAAACCCUUGUGGUGUGGACAGAGGUGGAUGUGAGCAGAUCUGUGUUCUGAGUCAUAGGAGUGACAAUGGAGAUUUAGGUUACAGAUGUAAAUGUCGCAUGGGCUUUGAUCUGCAUGCUGAUGGCAAGCGAUGUUAUGCUGUGAGGCAGUUUCUGCUCUUCUCCAGCCAGCUGGCCGUGAGAGGCAUCCCAUUUAACCUGUCAUCUCAGGAAGACAUCAUCUUACCCGUCACUGGAUCACCGUCUUACUUUGUUGGGGUGGAUUUCAGUGCUGAAGACGAUGCCAUCUUCUUCUCCGACACUGCCAAAGAUAUAAUCUAUAAACAAAAAGUGGAUGGGACUGGCAGGGAGGUACUGGCAGCCAAUAGAGUGGAUGGAGUGGAGGACCUGGCUUACGACUGGAUUUCAAAAAACCUCUACUGGACUGACCCUCGAUACAGGAGCAUAUCUGUCAUGAAGCUGGCUGAUAAGUCCAGGAGAGCAAUCGUACAGAACCUCAACAACCCAAGGGCUAUCGUGGUGCAUCCUCUCAUUGGUUAUAUUUUUUGGACUGAUUGGUACCGGCCGGCAAAGAUUAUGAGGGCUUGGGGUGACGGGUCACAUGCCCUGUCUAUAGUAAACACUACUCUCGGCUGGCCUAAUGGCCUGGCUAUUGACUGGAGCUCAAUGCGUCUUUACUGGGUGGAUGCCUUCUUUGACAAAAUUGAGCACAGCAACUUUGAUGGGCGGAACAGGCUUUCUUUGGAUCGUAUUACCCAAAUCUCACAUCCAUUUGGUCUCACCAUUUUUGAAGGCUAUGCAUACUUUACUGACUGGCGCCUGGGUGGCAUUGUACGUGUUCGUAAGACUGAUGGUGGAGAGAUGGUCGUUAUCAGAAGGGGAAUCAGCCACAUCAUGCAUGUCAAGUCUUUCAACUCCAACUCUCAGACUGGUUCCAACCUCUGCAAUAGGCAGACAAAUCCAAACGGAGACUGCAGCCACUUCUGCUUCCCGGCCCCAGACUCUCAGAGGGUGUGUGGCUGUCCGUAUGGCAUGAAGCUGUUGCCCAACCAGCAGACGUGUGUGGAAGAUCCCUCCAAUGAACCCCCAACACUACAGUGCGGGGCCAACUCCUUCUCCUGUGGCAAUGGCAAAUGUGUCCCAAACAGCUAUAGAUGCGAUGGUGUUGAUGACUGCCAUGACAACAGUGAUGAAGUCAACUGUGGAAUUAACAACACCACUUGCUCUCCCACUGCAUUCACCUGUGCCAAUAAGCGCUGUGUGCCAACGAGAUGGCGUUGUGAUGGGCAGAACGACUGUUUUGAUAACAGCGAUGAGAUCAACUGCCCUACACGGGGUCCAGGAACAUGCCCUGCCAAUCAAUUCACCUGUGCCAACAACCGCUGCAUCCCACAUACCUGGCGCUGUGACACUGAUAAUGACUGUGGGGAUGGUUCAGAUGAAACAGACUGCCAUCUUGGAAGCACAUGCCACCCAGGUCAGUUUCAGUGUCCCGAUCAUCGCUGCAUAGACCCCAACUACGUCUGUGAUGGUGACAGGGACUGUGUAGAUGGUGCAGACGAACAAGGAUGUGUCUACAACUGCACGGCUAAUGAGUUCAAGUGCUCCAGUGGUCACCAGUGUGUCAACUCCUUCUAUCGGUGCGAUGGAGUCUACGAUUGCAGGGAUCGCUCCGAUGAGCGGGGCUGCCCUACUAGGCCUCCAGGCAUGUGCCACCAUGAAACUGAGUUCCAGUGCCAGUCAGAUGGGAGCUGUGUGCCGUCUACCUGGGAGUGCGACGGUCACCCAGACUGCGAGGAUGGCAGUGACGAACACCACGCCUGCCCUCCUCGCACCUGUGCCUCCUCUCUCUUCCGCUGCGACAACGGGAACUGCGUCCUGCGCAGCUGGCUGUGUGACGGGGACAACGACUGCAGGGACAUGAGCGAUGAAAGAGACUGUCCCACACCACCUUUCCGAUGUCCGAGCUGGCAGUGGCAGUGCCCUGGCCACAGCGUGUGCAUCAACAUCACGUCGGUGUGUGACAACACUCCUGACUGCCCCAACGGUGCAGACGAGUCUCCUCUCUGUAAUGAGCCUUUACCAGAUCAAGAGAGCUGCUCUGACAACAAUGCCGGCUGCACCCAUGGUUGCAUUCAAGGUCCGUUUGGCGCCCAGUGCACCUGUCCCCUGGGCUACCAACUUAGCAAUGACUCUAAAACCUGCCAGGAUAUAGAUGAAUGUAACCCCCCUGGACAGUGUAGCCAGCACUGCUUUAAUGAGAGAGGCUCUUUUCGCUGCCAUUGCCAAGAUGGUUACACUCUGGAAGCAGACCAGCGUACCUGCAAGACCUCAGAUUCCCGUCAGGCGUUCCUGCUAGUGGCCAGCAGGAAUCAGAUUGUACAAGAUGAGAUAACUGCUCAGCCUAAUGUGAUCAGGUCUCUUGUUCGAGAUGGACGCAACAUAGUAGCCUUAGAUUUUGACUCAGUCACAGACCGUGUUUACUGGUCUGACACAAGCCAAGACAGAAUCUGGAGUGCAAAUAAAAAUGGCACAGACAGAACUGUGAUAUUUGACAGUGGAGUGACUGUAACAGAGAGCCUGGCUGUGGACUGGGUUGGCAGAAACCUGUACUGGACUGACUACGUUCUGGAAACUAUUGAAGUGUCCAGACUUGAUGGCAGCCACCGUACGGUGAUAGUCAGUGAAAAUGUGACCAAUCCCAGAGGCCUGGUGCUGGACCCAAGGGAGAGUGCUCACCUGAUGUUUUGGACCGACUGGGGCAGGAACCCCCGCAUUGAGAAGGCCAGCAUGGAUGGAAAAUUCAGGACUGUCAUCAUAAGCGACAAACUGUACUGGCCCAAUGGUCUCACUAUUGACUACCCAAAUAAUAUGUUGUACUUCGCUGAUGCCUAUUUGGAUUUCAUUGACUUCUGCGAUUAUGAUGGCAACAACAGGAGACAGGCUCUGGCCAGUGACCUGGUACUGCAACAUCCCCACGCAAUUACCAUUUUUGAGGAUUUUGUCUAUUGGACCGACAGAUACAUCAACCGAGUGAUGCGAGCCCAUAAGUGGCAUGGGGAGAACCAGACAGUGAUGCUGUUCAACCUCCCUCAGCCCAUGGGUGUGGUGGCGGUUCACCCAGCGAGGCAGCCUGCAGGUGAGAAUCACUGCUUGAGGAGCCCCUGUACUCACAUCUGCCUGCUUUCCACUGUGGCACCAAGGUACUACUCAUGUGCCUGCCCCUCAGGUUGGACUCUGGCGGAAGACCAAAUCACCUGCAACAGAGGUGAGGAUCCUUUCCUGGUGGUUGUGAGAGACAGCAUCAUCUAUGGCAUUUCCUUAAAUCCAGAGGAGAAAACUAAUGAUGCUAUGGUCCCUGUGGCCGGGCUUCAGAAUGGCUAUGAUGUUGAUUUUGAUGACAAGGAACAGGCCAUCUACUGGGUGGAGCACCCUGGUGAGAUCCACAGAGUGAAGUCAGAUGGUACGAACAGGACAGAAUUUGCCCCUGCAGCCAUUCUGGGCUCCCCUGUCGGUCUGGCCUUAGACUGGAUAACAGAGAACCUGUACUACACCAAUCCAGCCACACAGUCCAUUGAGGUUUUGAAGUUGCGAGGGGAGGUACAGUACCGUAAAACUCUAAUUACAAACAACGGUUCUCCAACUGGCACUGGAAGUCCUGUUGGCAUUGCAGUGGACCCAGCACGUGGAAAACUGUACUGGACAGACCAAGGAACAGAGAGUGGCAUCCCUGCCAAGGUGGCAUCUGCAGACAUGGAUGGUUUAAACCCUGUAAUCUUGUUCACCAGUAACCUCGAUCACAUUGAGUUCCUCACUGUGGACAUCCAGGAGAACAAACUCUACUGGGCUGUCACAAGCACUGGCAUGAUUGAGCGUGGUGAUCCAGAUGGAAGUAACCGCAUUACCAUCGUGACAGGCCUGUCUCACCCCUGGGGUGUGGCUGUCCAUCAAAACUACCUCUACUUCACUGACCGUGACUUUGAGGUCAUCGAGCGUGUGGAUAAGUCCACGGGUGCCAACAGGGUUGUGCUGCGAGACAACGUUUCUGGACUCAGAGUCCUCAAAGUGCAUUUCAGAGAAACCUCAGCAGGAACAUCCAAUGGCUGCACCAACAACAUGGGUUCGUGUGAGCAGCUCUGCCUGCCUCGGCCGCAGGGUCUGUUUACCUGUGCAUGUGCCACAGGCUUUAAACUCAACGCUGACAACAGGACGUGUGCUCCCUACCAGUCCUAUGUGGUUAUCUCCACACUGUCUGCACUCAAAGGCUUCAGUCUAGAAGGGGCAGACCACUCUGAAGCCAUGGUACCUGUAGCUGGGAGGGGCCGUAAUGCUUUACACGUCGAUGUCCACAUGGCUUCGGGCUUCAUCUACUGGUGUGACUUCAGCAGCACUGUAGCAGCACAGAACGGGGUCAGACGGAUCAAGCCAGAUGGCUCCGGAUUACGUAGCGUUGUAACAUCUGGAAUAGGACGCAACGGGGUACGAGGGAUUGCUGUUGACUGGGUUGCAGGAAACCUGUAUUUCACCAACGCCUUCCUUACUGAGACGUAUGUGGAGGUGCUCCACCUGAACACCACUUUUCGCAGGGUGCUGCUGAAGACCCAGGUGGACAUGCCCCGCCACAUCGUGGUGGAUCCCAGAAACAGAUACCUGUUUUGGGCUGAUUAUGGUCAAAACCCCAAAAUUGAGCGAGCUCUCUUGGAUGGAUCAAACCGCACAGUUUUGGUGUCAUCAGGGAUUAUUACUCCACGAGGUCUUGCUGUAGACUGGCAAACCGGGUACAUUUACUGGGUUGACGACUCUCUGGAUAUGAUUGCCCGGGUCAACCCACAAGGAGGGGAGACGGAAGUAGUCAGGUAUGGCAGUCGCUAUCCGACUCCUUAUGGAAUCACAGUGUUUGAGAACAGCAUCAUCUGGGUGGACAGAAACCUCAAGAAGGUCUUCCAGGCAAGCAAAGAGCCUGGUAGCACAGAGCAGCCAGGUGUCAUCAGGGACAACAUCAACAUGCUGAGAGAUGUCACCAUCUUUGACCAGCGUACCCAGCCUACCAACGCUCAGGAGCUGAACUACAAUCCCUGCCUAGAGGAUAAUGGAGGCUGUGCCCACUUCUGCUUUGCCCUCCCAGCAUCCAUUGUCAACAACCAGGAGAAAAAAUGUAGCUGCGCUUUUGGAAAUCUUGCCGCAGAUAACAAGAGCUGUGUAGUGUCGAGGGAUGAUUAUCUCAUCUACACAACCGAGAGCACCGUUCGCAGCUUGCGCCUUGACCCAGAGGACCACGCAUUACCAUUUCCUGUGGUUAAUGUGCCACGCACAUCUGUGGCUCUAGAUUUUGACCUAACAGACAGGAGAAUCUACUUCACACAGAGCUCAGGGGCCGGAGCUAGCAAGAUCAGCUACAUUAGCCUGUCUUCUCCUACUGCACCUCCUGUUGUGGUGGCUUAUGAUCUAGGAGCUCCUGAUGGUAUCGCAUAUGACUGGAUAAACAAAAGAAUUUAUUACAGCGACUAUGUCAACCAGAGCAUCAGCUCCAUGUCAGUGGAUGGCUCUCAAAGGACUGUUAUUGCCCAUGUGUCCAGGCCAAGGGCCAUCAUGCUGGAUCCCUGUAGGGGAUACAUGUACUGGACAGACUGGGGAACCCAUGCAAAGAUUGAGCGAGCCACCUUGGGAGGAAACUUCCGAACUGAGAUUGUAAACAGCAGUCUUGUGUGGCCCAAUGGACUGACCCUGGACUAUGAGGAGCAGAGGCUCUACUGGGCAGACGCCAGCUUACAGAAGAUUGAGCGAUCCUCUCUGACAGGGGCCAAUAGAGAGGUUAUUGUCAGCACCGCCAUUUACCCCUUUGCUAUGACCAUGUUUGGCCAGUUCAUCUACUGGACCGACUGGAACACACGCAGCAUUUAUCGAGCCAACAAGCAUGAUGGUUCUGACCAGAGGGUCAUGAUUCAAAACCUUCCAUCUCGGCCAAUGGACAUCCACGUCCUGGCUGCUAGGAAGCAGCAGCAGUGUGACAGUCCCUGCCAGCAGUUUAAUGGAGGCUGCAGCCACAUCUGUACACCAGGACCCAAUGGUGCAGAGUGUCAGUGUCCAUCAGAGGGCCGCUGGUACCUGGCUGACAAUAAGCACUGUAUCCCUGAUAACGGGACUCGCUGCCAGCCGGGGCAAUUUACCUGUAUGAACGGCCGCUGUAUUCGAGCCCAGUGGAAAUGUGACAAUGACAACGACUGUGGAGAUGGCAGCGAUGAGUUAGAGAGAGUCUGUGGAUCUAAACCUGUCUUCAACUAUGUUGUCCCACAGCUGCUGUCAUCCUUUAUUGCCUUGUCAGCCUUCCAUACCUGCGAGCCCACUGUGUUUACUUGUGGCAACGGCCGUUGUGUUCCCUACCACUACCGCUGUGACCACUAUGAUGACUGUGGAGACAACAGCGACGAGGCUGGCUGUCUGUUCAGACCGUGUGACCCCAACACAGAGUUCAGCUGCAACAAUGGCCGCUGCAUUGCAAAGGACUAUGUUUGCAAUGGCAUUAACAACUGCUAUGAUAACGGGACUUCUGAUGAACAAAACUGCCCUGAGAGAACCUGCCAGCCAGAGCACACAAAAUGUCAGUCCACCAACAUCUGCAUCCCUCGUUCCUACCUGUGUGAUGGAGACAACGACUGUGGGGAUAUGAGCGAUGAAAGCCCCACGCACUGUGCUGCAUCCACAUGUUCCCAGAAUGAGUUCCGUUGCUCCAGCGGCCGCUGCAUCCCCUCCCACUGGUACUGUGACGGAGGGGCCGACUGUGCUGACGGCUCUGACGAACCCCUCUCUUGCACCACACUCACCAGAACCUGCAACUCUGAUCAGUUUCGCUGUGAUGACGGCAGGUGCAUCGCCUCCUCUUGGAUCUGUGAUGGGGACAACGACUGUGGGGACAUGAGUGACGAAGAUCAGAGGCAUAACUGUGCCAAUCGCACUUGUUCAAAUCUAGAGUUCACCUGUGUGAACAAUCAGCCACCACAGCGGAAAUGCAUCCCACGUGACUGGGUGUGUGAUGGAGACGCUGACUGUGCAGAUGCUUUGGAUGAACAUCAGAACUGCACACGCAGAUCCUGUGGCAUCAAUGAGUUCACCUGUAACAACGGCCUCUGCAUACGCAGCGCCUACAGGUGUGAUCGACGAAACGACUGCGGGGACGGAAGUGAUGAACAGGGUUGCACCUAUCAGCCGUGUCAGCAGCAUCAGUUCACCUGUCAGAACGGCCGCUGCAUUUCCCACGACUUUGUCUGCGAUGGAGACAAUGACUGUGGAGACGAGUCUGAUGAGCUGGAGCACAUGUGCCACACACCAGCACCCACCUGUCCUCCUGGAGAGUUUAAAUGUGACAAUGGGCACUGUAUCCCCCUGAGCCAGGUCUGUGACAGGAGCGAUGACUGCUCUGACAACAGUGACGAGAAGGGAUGUGGUGUAAAUGAAUGCACAGACCCAUCCGUCCACCACUGUGAUCACAACUGCACCGACACACCCACCAGCUUCAUCUGCACCUGUCGUCCUGGUUACCGCCUCAUGUCCGACAAAAAAACCUGCGAUGACAUCAAUGAGUGUGCGGAGACUCCGAGUGUGUGCAGCCAGAUCUGUGAAAACACGGUCGGCUCCUACAUGUGUAAAUGCGCCCCGGGAUUCCUCAGGGAGCCAGACGGACGCAGCUGUCGUCAAAACAGCAACAUCUCACCCUACCUCAUCUUCAGCAACCGCUAUUACCUGAGAAACCUGUCAACAGACGGAGAGGCUUACUCUCUGAUCCUGCAGGGUUUGACCAGUGUGGUUGCCAUGGACUUCGACCGUGUUGACAAACGACUUUAUUGGAUUGAUGUGAGCCGCAGAGUGAUCGAGCGGAUGCACUUUAAUGGCAGUAACAGAGAGGUGGUGGUCAAUGGAGUUUUACAUGGAGAGGGCCUUGCAGUCGACUGGAUCGCAAGGAAACUUUACUGGGCAGACAGCUUCUUGGACUGCCUGAAAGUGUCUGAGCUGGACGGUCGGUUUGUGAAGAAACUGGCUGAGCACUGUGUGGACCCCAAUAACACCUACUGUUUUGAAAACCCCAGAGCAAUUGUGUUACAUCCAAAAUAUGGAUAUGUUUACUGGACUGACUGGGGAGACAAAGCCUUUAUUGGUCGUGUUGGAAUGGAUGGAACCAACAAAACCACAAUCAUCACCACAAAGAUAGAGUGGCCUAAUGGGAUCACGAUCGACUACUCCAAUGAUAAACUCUACUGGUCUGAUGCUCAUCUCAGCUACAUUGAAUACUCAGACUUGGACGGUCUACACAGACACACAGUGUAUGAUGGGAAUUUGCCUCACCCUUUUGCCCUGACUGUGUUCGAGGACACUGUUUACUGGACCGACUGGAACACACGCUCAGUAGAGAGAGGCAACAAAUAUGACGGCUCUGAUCGUCAGCUCCUGGUUAACACCACCCACAGGCCGUUUGACAUUCAUGUUUGCCACCCCUACAGACAGCCUAUUGGUGACAAUCCUUGCGCUGUGAACAAUGGAGGCUGUUCUCACCUGUGCCUCAUCCGUCAUGGGGGGCGGGAUUACACCUGUGAGUGCCCUGACCAUUUCCUGGCGGUCCAAAUAGGAGGUGUGAACCGAUGCCUGCCCAUGUGCACGAGCACGCAGUACAGAUGUGCUAACAAUGAAAGGUGUAUUCCUAUCUGGUGGAAAUGUGAUGGUCAGAGAGACUGCAGAGAUGGUUCGGAUGAGCCCUCCACCUGCCCCGCUCGUCACUGCAGGCUCGGCCAGUUUCAGUGCAAUGACGGGAACUGCACCAGCCCACACUUCCUGUGCAACAGCAACCAGGACUGCCAUGAUGGCUCAGAUGAAGACCCAGUGCUGUGUGCUACACAUCAGUGUGAAACCCGGCAGUGGCAGUGUGCAAAUAAGCGCUGCAUCCCUGAGUCAUGGCAGUGCGACGGUGAGGACGACUGUGGGGAUCAGUCCGACGAGGACCCUGCCCACUGCUCCACAAGAACCUGCAGCCCCGGUCAGUUCAAGUGCCGCAAUGGACGCUGCAUCCCCCAGAACUGGAAAUGUGAUGUUGACGAUGACUGCGGCGACAACUCUGAUGAACCAUUAGAGGAAUGCAUGGGACCUGGGUAUCGAUGUGACAACCACACAGAGUUUGACUGCAAGACAAACUACCGCUGUGUACCACUGUGGUCUGUUUGUAACGGCCAAAAUGACUGCAGAGACAACAGUGAUGAGCAGGGCUGUGAUGAACUGACCUGUGAUCCUAGUGGAGACUUCCGCUGUGACAACCAUCGCUGCAUCCCACUGAGAUGGAGCUGUGACGGAGACGAUGACUGUGGGGACAACUCUGAUGAACGCAGCUGCACUCCACGCGCGUGCACAGAGAGCGAGUUUCGUUGUGACAAUCUGCGCUGCAUUCCUGACCGUUGGGUCUGUGACCAUGACAACGACUGUGAGGACAACUCGGAUGAAAGGGACUGUGAGCUGCGAACUUGUCAUCCUGGCUACUUCCAGUGCACCAGCGGACACUGUAUCGCUGAGCGUUUCAAAUGCGAUGGCAACCCCGACUGUCUGGAUUACACAGACGAGACAUCAUGUCCAACCCGCUUCCCCAACGGCACAUACUGCCCCCACUUUCUGUUUGAGUGCAAGAACCACGUAUGCAUCCAGCCGCACUGGAAAUGUGACGGAGACAAUGACUGUGGAGACAACUCAGACGAGGAGCUUCACCUUUGCUUGGAAAUCCAGUGUGAGACUCCGUUCCGCUUCCGCUGUGACAAUAACCGCUGCAUCUACAGCCACGAGCUGUGCAACUCUGUGGAUGACUGCGGUGAUGGCUCUGAUGAAAGGCAGGAAAAUUGCCAGAGCCCAACUCAUGGACCCUGUACAGAUGAAGAAUAUAAAUGCAGUAAUGGUCAGUGUAUCCCUCUGCAGUAUGCCUGUGAUGAUUAUGAUGACUGUGGGGAUCAGUCAGAUGAGCUCGGCUGCCACCAAGGCAGUGGGCACACAUGCAGUGACAACAUCUGUGAACACAACUGUACCGACCUGACAUCAGAGGGUAUGCUCUGCUCGUGCAGGCCGGGCUAUAAGCCGAGACCAACGGAAAAACACACCUGUGAAGAUGUGAAUGAAUGUGAGGUGUACGGCACAUGUCCUCAGCAGUGUAAGAACACAAAGGGCAGCUACGAGUGUUUUUGUGCCGAGGGUUUUGUCUCUUUUGGUGAGCCGCAUGGGACAGAGUGUGCUGCUCAAGGAAACCCACCAGUGCUGCUGUUGCCGGAUAACGUUCGUAUCCGUCGUUUCAACCUGUCCUCUGAGCAGUAUUCAGACUACGUGGACAAUGCCGAGCACAUCCAGGCUUUGGACUACCUGUGGGAUCCAGAGGGAGAAGGACUCAGUAUUGUUUACUGGACAGUCUUGGGUCGAGGAUCUCAGUUUGGUGCCAUCAAACGAGCCCACAUGACCACGUUUAAUGAUAAUGGCAACAACCCAGUUAAAGAGGUGGACCUGAACCUGAGAUAUGUGGCUAAUCCAGAUGGCAUCGCUCUGGACUGGGUUGGCAGGCACAUUUACUGGACAGAUUCAGGCACCAAUCGAAUUGAAGUGGCCAAAUUAGAUGGGCGUUACAGAAAGUGGUUGAUCCACACAGACCUAGACCAGCCAGCAGCUAUUGUUGUGAAUCCAUCACUUGGGAUGAUGUACUGGACAGACUGGGGCAGGAAACCUAGAAUAGAGUCAGCAUGGAUGGACGGACAGCACAGAGAGGUGCUGGUAAAGGAGGAGGACCUGGGCUGGCCUACUGGGCUGGCUCUGGACUAUCUUAAUGGGAACAGGAUCUACUGGUGUGACUCCAAAGAAAACAUCAUUGAGUCCAUGAAGCCUGAUGGGACGGACAGAAAGAUUGUAAUAUCAGGAGACAUUGGACAUCCCUUCAGUCUGGAUGUUUUUGAAGGGCAUGUGUACUGGACCACAAAAGAGAAAGGUGAAGUGUGGAAGACCAACAAGUUCGGGAAAGGAAAUAAAGUCAAAGUUCUUACCAUCAAUCCCUGGCUGACUCAGGUCCGCAUUUACCAGGAGCAUCGGCACAACCAGUCAGUACCAAACCCGUGUAAGGAUGUAUGCAGCCACCUGUGCCUCCUGCGACCUGGUGGGUACACCUGCGCCUGUCCACAAGGCUCCUCUCCUGUAGAGUUUGACUCCAGUACAUGUGAUGCAGCCAUUGAGCCGCCUGUUACAAUGCCCCCUCCAUGUAAAUGCAUGAAUGGUGGAACCUGCUACACUGGUGAAGGCGGUCUGCCAAAGUGCAAGUGUCCUUACGGUUAUGCUGGAAGCUUUUGUGAGGCGGGAAAGUCAAGAGGUGCUCCAGCAGGAACAGCUGUGGCUGUUUUACUGGCAGUCAUCAUCAUCCUGAUUACUGGAGCCUUGGCUGUCGGGGUUUUCCUCAACUACAAACGAACAGGCUCUUUCAUCCCCACCAUGCCUAAACUUCCCAGCCUCAGCAGUCUGGUAAAGUUUGCUGACACAGGGAACGGGGUGACGUUUCGCUCAGGUGAUAACGUUGAUCUGGGACCAUCACGCAUCGGAGUGUCAUUCAUUGACACGGCCAUGCAGAUGGAUGAAAAUUUUGCUGUUGAAGCAGGAAGGCAGCCAGUCACAUUUGAGAACCCGCUUUACGCCACUGCUACUGUGUCUAGUGAUCCUGCUGUCAUUCAUGCAACACAGGUGACUGUUAAUGUGAGUGGUGAACAGUUGGAGAAUAACUUUGUGAACCCAGCGUACCAGAGCGCAGGAAUCGUAAAAACAUCAUCAGUCAACUCCAAACCUGUGCAGGAGUCCAGGUGGAGUUUAUUCAAGAGGAAAUUAAAGCCAAGCACCACAUUUGAAAACCCUUCAUACUCAGAGAUGAAGGAUGAAAAGGCUGUAGACAGCGGGGACCCCUCUGCCCCUGAGCCCUCUCCGUUUGCACCCCCCACCAAGCCGGUGAAGAAAAAUCGUCCGAGCGCCUAUUCGCCAACGGAGGACAGUUUCAAAGACACAGCCAACCUUGUGAAAGAGGACAGCGACGUAUAACCCCG